CCUGAUAAGUAAAGAUGGCGGCGCUUCCGAUACGGCUGUGUUUGUGAACUUUCGUGCUUGUGUUCUUUGGUGCAAAUUCAUUCCUUUUUUCUCAAUUCCCCUUCAAGCAGACACAUUACUGUUGUUUAGGACAAUAUCACUGCUUGUUUUAGUGCGCCGUGGUGUUUGUUAACGGAUUUAUCUGCCGUCCGUUAACCGUUACCGGACAGGAGUUCACACAGUCAGCGGCUCCAGACUUAUAAUAUUUCACAGAUAUGAAGGAGGCCUUGACCCUCGUUCAGAGACUGAGCGCACAUCCGGACUCCCGGUGCUGGUUCGUCAGCUGGAGCCCGACUGGGACCCUGCUGGCCUCAUGCGGGGGCGACAAGGCCGUCCGGAUAUGGGGACGAGAAGGUGACUCUUGGAUUUGUAAGAGUGUACUCCAGGACGGACAUCAGCGCACUGUGAGGAAAGUGGCGUGGUCUCCCUGUGGGAAUUAUCUUGCCUCUGCCAGCUUUGAUGCAACCACAUGCAUCUGGAAAAAGAAAAACGAUGAUUUUGAGAGUAUGACUGUGUUGGAAGGACACGAAAAUGAGGUAAAAUGCGUGGCGUGGGCACCUUCAGGGAAUCUGCUGGCAACAUGUAGCCGAGACAAGAGUGUCUGGGUCUGGGAAGUGGAUGAAGAAGACGAGUAUGAGUGUGUUACCGUCGUAAACUCUCACACACAAGAUGUCAAGCAUGUUGUGUGGCACCCGACCCAGGAGCUCCUGGCUUCAGCCAGCUACGACAACAACAUUUGCAUUUACAAGGAAGAGGAUGAUGACUGGGAGUGCCGGGCCACCUUGCAAGGACACACAUCCACGGUCUGGGGUUUGUCUUUUGAUGCAGCUGGACAGAGGCUGGCCUCAUGCAGCGACGACCGCACCGUGAAGAUUUGGAAAGAGUAUCCAAAUGAAUGUGGACAGGACUUGUCGUGGAAGUGUGUUUGCACUCUGUCUGGGUACCAUGGGCGAACAGUGUAUGAUGUCGCCUGGUGUCGGCAGACGGGUGCCAUGGCAACCGCCUGCGGCGACGAUGCAGUGAGAGUGUUUAAAGAGGAUGAGACGGCCGAUCCAGACCAGCCAGUGUUUUCACUGGCCGCCCAGGUGGCCAAGGCUCACAGCCAGGACGUCAACUGUGUCGCCUGGAACCCAAAAGAGGUGGGGCUCCUGGCCUCCUGCAGCGAUGAUGGAGAUAUCGCCAUCUGGAGGUUCCAAGAGGAAGACUGAAUACUAAUAACCGUCCUCUACUGAACAAAAACAGUUAUUGCAAGCUACACUGGAAACUGUGUGGUCGUGAGGUCACCGCACAUAAUGUCGUUCAGCCUUUACAGCUUAUCUGAUAGCUCAGCAGGAUUCAGCUUGAUGUUACGCUCUAUAAUGUGUCACCUGUCAUUUUUCGUGUCAGUUUCUAAACCAUUAAUGCUUCAGCGCCUCUUGUGCUUUGAGUCUUCAUAUAUUUCAUUAUAACAGCUCAAAUAACUAUUCACAUUUUAUGAUUUUUAUAUAAAUGAAUAAAUAUAUCUAAAAACAA